CAGGAGAAAUAUGAGAAGGAUGUAGAGAGUAAACAACAUGAAUUGGAUGUUUUAAAAGCUUCUAAAGCUAAAGAUUUAGAGAGAUUACAAGAACUGACCAAAUUAUAUAAGGAAUAUGAACAAGUAGUAGUAGAAGAUAGAAUAGAAAAAGAGAAAGUGAGACGAAAAGAUGAAUUAGAAGCUAUAGAACUAAGAGGAGCUAUAAAGGUA